AUGCCAUACACUCCAUAUCAUGUUUUUAAUGCACAACCAAUUGCACCCCCUUCUUAUCCACAAUGGCGUGCACCAACUCCGCAAAAUCAUCCACAACCCCUACAAGUUCAUCAAAAUACUGCUAGAAUUCCUUUCCGUCCUAGACCACAAUACAAAAAGAGAAAUGGCGUUAAAGAUGAGUUCACUCCUAUUGGGGAGUCGUAUGCUAGCUUGUUUCAAAAAUUAAGGACGUUGAAUGUUUUGAGUCCUAUUGAGAGAAAGAUGUCGAAUCCUCCCCCGAGAAAUUUGGAUUAUUCUCAACAUUGCGCAUAUUGUCCUAAUGCCCCAGGGCACAACAUAGAGAGAUGUUGGUAUUUGAAAAGGGCCAUUCAGGAUUUGAUCGAUUCUAAUCGAAUUAUAGUUGAAAGUCCGAGUGGACCCAACAUCAAUCAAAAUCCAUUGCCGAGGCAUACUGAAACAAACAUGCUAGAAAUGAUGAAGGGUCAUGAAGAUUUUGCAUCUCCGUAUAAGCCAAUCCUUAGGGUUGGAACUGGCAUUGAGAAGUCAGCAAAUGUUGUUGAUUUAACAAAAAUGAUGCCUUUAGGGGCGGAAAGUGUGUUAGAAAAGUUGAGUCCAUCAAACACACCCAUCUUAACUGUGAAAGGAGCCCUUGAAGAUGUUUGGGCAAGCCCGAGUAAGGCAAAAUCGUUUGUUCCAAAAGGGCCAAACAAGCCUAUCUUGAUCGUGCGAGGGGCCCAUAUUCCUCCUGUGAUUAUCAGGCCAGUACCCCAGCUCCUAAUGACUAACCCCAAAGCUGUUCCUUGGAAUUAUGAGCCUACUGUCGUGACAUACAAGGGAAAAGAAAUAGAUGAAGUGGGAGGAAUAACCCAUUCAGGAAGAUGUUAUGUCCCGGUGGAAUUAAGGAAAACAAAAAAUGACCAAAUACAAAUAAAGAGUUCGGUCACUGAAGGACAGGCAGAGGAAUUCCUAAGGAAGAUGAAACUAUCAGACUACUCCGUGGUGGAACAAUUAAGAAAAACUCCAGCCCAAAUCUCUUUGUUGUCUUUGCUAAUACAUUCUGAUGAACAUCGUAAGGCUGUAAUGAAAAUUUUGAAUGAAGCACAUGUUCCUAGUAAAGUUACAGUGAGUCAGUUAGAGAAGAUUACUGGGAGAAUAUUUGAGGUAAACCGCAUCACCUUUUCAGAUGAUGAACUACCCAAAGAAUGUACAGGACAUAACCAAGGCCUACAUAUCACUGUAAAGUGUGAGCUUUCAUAUGUCACUCGAGUUCUAAUUGAUGGAGGAUCUGGAGCAAAUAUUUGUCCUUUAUCAACUCUACAGAAAUUGAAUGUUAGUGCUGAAAGGGUACGACCCAAAAAUGUAUGUGUUAGAGCUUUUGAUGGGUCAAAAACAGAUGUUAUUGGUGAGAUAGAGCUCGUACUAACCAUAGGGCCUGUGGAUUUCGCUUUGAAUUUUCAAGUGUUGGAUAUCAACGCGUCCUACAAUCUAUUGUUGGGGAGGCCAUGGGUGCAUAGAACUGGAGCAGUCCCCUCAACGUUGCAUCAAAUGAUUAAGUUUGAACACGACCGACAAGAGGUAAUUGUUCAUGGUGAGGGGGAUUUGUCAAUCUACAAAGACUCUUCCUUCCCUUUUAUCGAUGCGGAUAAUGAGAAUGAGGCACUAGUUUAUCAAUCUUCUGAGGUAGUGGUUAUUGAGCAUGUCCCCGAGGGGAGUGUCAUUCCAAAACCAAAUAUGCCCAUCGCGUCUGUAAUGGUGGUGAAUGAAUUGCUGAAACAUGGGUUUGAGCCGGGUAAAGGCUUAGGAAUCUGCUUGCAAGGAAGAGCUUAUCCUGUGAGUCUACCAAAGAGCAUCGGUACUUUUGGCUUAGGCUACCAACCUAGAGUCGAGGACAAAAUGAAGGAAAAGAAGCAGAAGAGAGAUGUAUGGUCACUUACCAAGCCUAUACAACCAAUCUACAAAUCUUUCAUCAAAGCCCGCUCAACAGAAUCGUAUCAAUCAUCUUUUCCAGAGCCAGUGAUGAAAGUUAGCGAAGAAAUGAUCAACUAUUUUCAAGAUUUAUUUGUCGAGGUUGAUAUGGUGGAACUCGGAGAAGGCACUAGCGACAGAGAUGUGCAAUUCAUUGGUCCUGAUGUCAAUCUAAACAAUUGGGAGGCCACCCCUCUCCCCGUUAAAGACGAGUCUUGGUAG